ACUUUUCCAUAGACAACAAUAUUCUGCGCACGCCAUUUUGUAAUUUUGAGCAUGUUGAUUCGACUCUCAAAAUGAUUUUCUUUUCAAUAAUAAGUUUUAAUGGCGAUGUAGUUUAGUUUAUCUAAUAGUGAAAGAAGCAAAUAAGCCAAAAUGGAAAUGCCAGAAGUUAAAUCGUUCAACGCGGAGUUAUCCGCGUUGUACGACAACAAGCCGCCCAUAUCAAAGGCGAAGAUGAGUGCUAUCACCAGAGGUGCUAUAAAGGCCAUAAAGUUCUAUAAACAUGUAGUGCACAGUGUUGAAAAGUUCAUUCAGAAAUGCAAGCCUGAGUAUAAGGUGCCUGGCCUUUACGUGAUAGAUUCAAUAGUGAGACAGUCCCGGCAUCAGUUCGGGCAAGAUAAGGAUGUCUUCGCGCCGCGGUUUGCAAAGAACAUGCAACAAACUUUUGCAAACCUCUUCAGAUGUCCUCCUGAGGAUAAGCGGAACAUCAUCAGAGUACUUAAUUUAUGGCAAAAGAACAAUGUGUUCAGUCCACAAGUUAUACAACCUCUUCUUGACAUGGCAGACCCCAAUCAUCCGUUGCAUCAAGAGAUACAACAACAACAAAACAACACUGCAAAUGGAAGCAGUUUGAACAUAAGUCACAAUGCAACAGAUAGCAAAAUAUCUCCAGUGCCACAACCACUUCAUACUCCGCAGUCAUCCACACCUAUGGGAGAUCAGUUCCAGGACCAACCUUCAAGUCAACCGGCGAAGUUCAAUAGAAAGUUGCUGAAUGACUUCGAGUAUGAAAGUGAGGACGAUGCGGCCCCAGAGCCCGCGCCCCAGCACUCCUCGCAUUCCACCCACACCUCACACUCGACACACGCCACCCAUUCUGCUACUCAUGCGCAGCAAAACCCCGCAGAUGCUUUGGGAAGCAUAUUAACAAAUCCUGAAAUCAUGAGGCAGCUGCAGAGUUUGCAGGCGCAGAUGCAGAUGAUGACUGGAAUGCAAAUACCUAAUCUGAUGCCUAUGAUGUCUGAUCUCCAAAUGCAACAAUCACAAAAUCAAGGCCUGCCAUUCAUGGGAUCACAGUCAGAUUCCCAGAAACAGAAUGACCCCAAGGAUGAUAUGGUCGAGUCUGACAUUGAGUUUGUAGAGACUGGACCGCAAGUGAUUGAAAUUCCUGACGCUAAUGAUUCUAGUCCAUCACCCAAAUCUCGGCGACAUCGUUCGAGGUCAAAGUCGCCGCGACGUCGACGAAGGUCAUCGCGGUCGAGGUCAAGGUCUCCAAGGAGAAGGAGGGACAGAGACCGCGAUAGAGAAAGAGAUAAGGAUAGAGAUAGAGAUAAGGAAAAGAACUACAAAGAACGGGAGGCAGAAAGAGAGAAGCAGAGGGAGCGAGAGAAGAAAGGACUUCCGCCAAUUAAGAAGGAAAAUCUUAGUGUAUGCAGUACCACGCUAUGGGUAGGCCACCUAUCCAAACUAGCGACGCCGGAAGAACUGUCGGACCUGUUCGGUGCAAUAGGCGGGGUGGCCGCCAUCGACGUGGUCGCGCCGCGAGGGUGCGCCUUCGUAGUCAUGGAGAGACGACGGGACGCUGCCAAAGCCAUCGCUAAGCUGAACAGGCAUAAACUGCAUUCUAAAGAGAUUACGGUGGCGUGGGCGCCGGGUAAGGGCGUGAAGGGUCGCGAGUGGAAGGACUACUGGGAGGCGGAGCUGGGCGUGUCGUACCUGCCGUGGGCGGCGCUGCAGGCGCGCUGGGCGCUCGCCGCGCUCUCGCUCGACGCGCUCGAGGACGGCGGCGCCGUCGACGAGGACACGCUGCCGCCAUGGUUGCCGCCCAGGAUCCUCCCCAAGACGAUGAUGGACAACAUGUCUAUGCUGGGCAUGCCGGGCACAGCCCCGGGCCUGCCCCUGGGCACACUGGGCACACUGCCAGGCAGUCUGCCCCCAGUUAGCAUGCCGCCUGUCAGCAUGCCCCCUACGCUCAGCCUUCCCCCCAACCUACCUCCAGGGGCUAACCCAGCUAUCAGCAUACCUAGAAUGCCUCCUCCAGGAAUGUCAGCGGGCAUGCCACCUGGGCUAGCUCCGGGCAUACCGCCGGGCAUCAGACCGCCGACACUACCCAACAUGGCGGCCGGAGUGCCUGGGUAUGUUGUAGGGCUGCAGAACGAGGCGGGGCUGGCGCCCGGGGCUCCGCUGCUUCGCUUCCCGCCUGGAGUACCGCCGCAGUCACUCGCGCAAACUGGUAUGGUGGGCGGGUUCCUGAGCAGUCUGCUGGGCGUGGGCGGCUUGCUACCCGGCGUGCCCAUACUGCACCCCGCGCUGCACGACGCCGGCCAUGCCAGAUCAGGCGAGGCGACCCAGAGUGACGAUGCGAUGGACCUGGACCCUGAAGACUCGCACGCUGAGGAAACUGCAGCAGACACUACCGACACAUCCGCACCACCACCUGCCUUAUUGCCAGACCAGAUUCAAGCCCUACUGUCAAAACCUCCUCCGAACUUCAACUCAGCGGAACCUCCGCCAGGCUUCAACAUGUCCGAGCCUCCACCAUUCAAUAUCACACAACCUCCUCCUGACGACAAAAUGGAUGAUGACAGGAAAGACAGAGACAGGGACAGGAGAGGCGGAGAAAGGGAUAGGGAUAGGAGAGGAGAGAGGGAUAGGGAUCGAAGAGAAAGGGGUGAUCGGGGGGAAAGGGGUGAUAGAAGGGAUAGGGGUGAACGUGAUAGAGGACGGGAUCGAGAUCGUGACGGAAGAGAUGAUCGUCGGGACCGCGACAGAGACCGAGGUCGCGACAGGAGAGACAGAGAUAGAGAUAGAGAUCGCGACAGGGGCGAAAGAUUCUCUUCAAGAGAUAAUAACAGAGAUCAAGGGGGCAGUCGCGAGAAGUCUCCGAGACCGCCAGCAAAUAAUGAAAAUCCAGAGAAGAGUCUACAGGAGAGACUAUGGGAAAUGGCCAAUGGGAAGCCAGCAAGGGAGGACAAGAGAGAAGACUUCCCUGAACAGAGGGACAGGGAGGACGGUCGGGAGGACCAGAGGACUGACAGACCUCCGCUCAUAGACAGGUUACCGGCCAGACUUGACGGACCACCACCUGCCAUGGAUACAGAAUUGAGAAUGAGAGGACCGCCUAGGCCCCCGAUGGCAGGUCCCUGGAUGGACGGCCCCGGCCCGGGACCCUUCGGACCGCGCUUCAAUGGCAUGGGCCCUCCUUUCAACAGACCGCCAUUCGACGGGCCGCGCCCUCCCUUCGACGGUGGCCCUCCCAUGUUCGAAGGCGGGCCACGUUUCGAGAGGCCACCGUUCGGACGGAUGCCGUUUGAUGGAAUGAAUCGGCCACCUUUCGACGGACCGCGACCACCGUUUGAUGGCCCGCGCCCACCCUUCGACGGGCCGCGCCCGCCUUUCGACGGAGCUCGUCCAUUCGAACCACCCUUCGAAGGUGACCGACCACCAUUCGAUGGUCCGCCGCGUUUCGACGGUCCUCCGGAAUUCUUCGACCGUCCCCGAGGACGAUUCGAUGAUCGCGACCAAUUCGGCGACCGAGGCUGGAGCGGAGACCGCGACCGCGAACGAGACUGGGGCGACAGACGUCCCGACUGGGAAGAUCGACGCAGGGACAGAAGACAACCUAGGGAUCACGAGGACAACCGAUACAACAGACCAGACAGAGGAGAUAGGAGGAGGAACUUUGACGACCAAGGCAGACCUGGCGACCAGCGUCGCGGCGAUGACAACCAAAACAAAACUAACGACUCGCGUCGUACUGACGAAACUCAACAAAAUAAGUCUGCCGAUUCACGGCGUGGUGAUGAUCAAAGCAGGCGUGAAGAUAGCCAGAGUAAAUCAAGGCCACCGAAAGAUGAACGAAAUGAUAAAAAUGAUAGGAAUAGUUCGAGACGAGACAGAGAUAGGAAGUCUAGAUGGGGUGCGGCUGAGGAAGCAGAAACUACGGGCAACGGGGAUAGCGACAAGCCGCAGGAAGCUGACGGGGCCAACACACAGCCUGCCGGGGACCUCGCCGCCAGUGCCGAGCCCAGCGAGGUCGCCGACACUACUAGUCAAGAUGAACAAACUGUACGAACUGAGGUCAGCGACAGCAUACCUUCACAGGAAACUGAAUCUGAGAAAGCCUUCCAGCCUCCCGAAGACAGCAUGGAUAGUAAUGACACUCCUGGCCUGACGGAACGAUCAGUGGAACCCAGCCCCGGUGAGCUAGAUGAAAAGAUGGAGCACUCGCUACCAGAGCCAUCGCCUCCAGAGCAGUCACUCCCAGAGCCCUCGCCAAUAGAGCGCUCGCCCCCGGAGUGCUCGCCCCCGGAGCCUUCGAUCCCGGAGCGCUCGCCCCCAGAGUCCUUGCCUCUGCCGGCGGAGGAGCGACCACAGGAGCAGACUGCUAACGCUUUGUACGACACGGACGAGGCAGUCGACACCAACUUCUCGGCUCCCGCCAAUACAGAGUAUGAGCGAGAGCGAGAACCAUCGCCGCCUCCUCCUGUCGUUGAAAAAGAUUUUGAAGAGUCGGGCAUUGAGGCCUCGAAACCUGUGGAUAUGUUUAGUCCAGAGUUGGAGCAGAGUGAGAGUUCGCAGGAGGCCGACGUGUCGGAGCCACAGAGUGCCGAGAGUAAGGAGGGAGCCGCUUGACAGCGGCGCCGAUGGAAGCUGAAUGUGGGAUAUUUCCAGUGGAAAUGAUUCGGGUGACGCAGCGGGCCCCGAGCGACCGCCGCUACCUGCCGCAGCGUAGCUAUCGCUCUGCCGACCGCCGAAACCGUUAUAACGCCAAAGAUAUUUUUUUUAUACUCGAAACAAAAAAGUUGAAAUAUACGAGUGCCUUAUUGGUUACCAAAAGUGGUGUUUUGUUUUGAUCGACGGCACGCGAGGCGUAGAAGAGGAACGCGCCUGGGCGCUCAAGUCGAGUGACCCGGGCCAGGUACGGUUGCUAAUGAUACACAUUGUACGCGCGUCUAGAACAAUUGCACGCUAUUGCACACACUACAGCGACGUUGCAACAUGUCCGCGACUUGUCCUUUACAAUACUCUCACUCGACCUUUUUACUUCAAACAUAAUUGUUAUCAUUAAUUAAAUCAUCGACAUCACAUGUUGCAACAGUAAUAACUUUGCUAACAGUUGAGAGACAUGCACAAUUGUACUCGGCGGGCGUCAUUAUUUUAUUAUUGCAUAAUGUCGAAAUGGGAUCAACAAUUAUAGUACAUUUCCCUAGUGUAAAGUAAUGAAGUAGUUAAAUCGUUAUAAUUUAUCCAAAACAAAUGAUUACCAUCUCGACAUAUUAUAUCGCUAGCAAUGUGUGCAAAAUACCUGUGCGGCGGCCGCGUCACCCGAAUCAGCCACGGAUAUACUGGAAGCGUAGCGGCACCACAAGGACGGAACCUACACUACUGUCUCACUAGUGGACUCCUGUGUUUAGAUAUUGUGUUACGUCGACUUUGUUAAGUUCUUUUUUAUUUUUACGUUACUAACUUCGAUUACUCGAAUUGUAUGUGUAUACUUACUUUUUUUUUCUUAGCAAGAUACAUUGCUAUUAAUAUUACUCAGCAUUUCCACCAAACUUGUUAGUACUAUUUUGCACCUUCUAAAAGUAAAGUUUUGAAAACUCUUUGUCUUAGGUAAUUUGGUGGCGGUAGGGAAAGGAUUUUAAAGUAACGACUAUUUAAAUCUAUUUUAUAGAUAUAAACAUAAAUGUUUUAUAAAUUUAUAUAGGCACUAUAUCUGUAGUUAAAUUGUUUAUGGAUUUAGGUUUUAUUGUAGGCUGGCAAUAAGUAUAUUUACUUUUGAAGAUUCAGCGCAAUAACUGUGCUAUGUGACGCUUCAUAGUAUCGAUGUUUAUAUGUAACAUAUUUUUAUAAAAUUAUAAUGUGGGUCUUAUAAUAUCAUUGAGAUUUACCUACUCCAUUCAUUUUAAACUCUUCAAUGUUAGGUAAUGUUUUAGCUGUGUAGAUAAACAUUAUAUUUUCAAUGCAUGCUUCAAUGUUUGUCAAAUUUGCUUGAAUAAAAAUUUUGAAAAUUCAUUGGAGCUAUGU